AAGAAAUGUCAAAACAAGGAUACUCGCGAAUCGCACAAAUUGGCUGUAUAGCGUUGUCAAGAAAAGCGCAUUUCGAAAGAAGGACGAAAUUUUUAUUUCAUCUAUUGUGAGUAAACGAGUGAGUUUGCUAAAUCAGGUUUCAUAUUCAAUAUUCUUUGUGUAGAGUAAAGAAGUAAAAUGGCAAUUUACCUGAAUUGAGCUGAAGCAAUUAUUUCCAGAGUACGAUAUUGCAGAAGACGAGAAAUCGAUUUUUCACUAUACACCGAUCAUCAUAUGCUGCUAGCUGUGUCGUAUACAAACAAAGGCGCAUGUGACGAGACCAGUGUGUAAUAUCCUCCUAUUCGAUUAUCGGCGUUCCAGUGAUUUUCUACAGCGCACAAAUAUCCUAUGACAAUAUUGUGUGAAGACAGCUAUAUCUUCACCUUUUCCUAACGUGAUUUAUCCAAGUGCUUUGUUGGUAGCUCUGAGCUCCUUCCCCUUAACGUCGUAGAAAUCUAGACAAACAUCAGUUACUUCUUUGGUUUUGUAACGAAAAGCAUUCAAAAACGGCUUCAAAAUAGGUCAAACCAAUAGCACUCGUUUUAACGAAACCGCACAAUUCAGCAUGAAUCAAGGGGAGGUUGUGGUUAAAAAAGUUGCGGGGCACGUUCCCAAGAGUAGCACCGUCCAGCAAAAGAAACCAACGGAUCACCAUAGAACCUACCGUUUGAUGAGAGACGAUAUCUCCGGUGGACCCGUCAACUUAGACGAAAUAGAACCGGGUCUGUGGUUGGGAAAUGUAACGGCAGCAGCCGAUUUACCCACACUAGAGAAGCUUAAUAUACGAAGUGUGUUGACCAUUGAUUCCUGUCCGCUGCCAUCACAUGUGACGGAGAAUCCAAGCUUGAGGACAAAGUAUAUUCAAGCCUCCGAUGUGCCAAGAGAAGAUCUGAUCAGCCAUUUCGAAGAAACUAAUAAAUUUAUCAGAGAGAGCUUAGCGGAAGAGCGAAACAUUCUUGUUCAUUGCUAUUUUGGCGUCAGUCGAAGUGCCACCAUCGUGAUUGCGUAUCUCAUGGAAAAGCAUAAACUGAGCUACGAGGCCGGUUUGUACCGGGUGAAAUCCAAGCGACGCUUCGUGAUGCCCAAUCCGGGAUUCAUCAGCCAGCUCAGGUUGUUUGGAAUGAUGAACUACACCAUCGAUCCGCAGAAUGAAAAGUACAAACUGUUUCGUCUGAAGUUGGCGGCAGAUAAUGUACGGAAAGCCAAACGUCUUCCGGUUAACUGCAUGGAUGUGGUGAAACCCGACCCGGCUGUAACGCAGGAAACACCCGAACCGAUCGUGUACCGGUGUCGCAAGUGUCGCCGCGUGGUCGCUAGGAAAAGCAAUUUGCUGCUGCAUAAACCUAAGCCAAUCGGGUUUUCACCCGGUAAGCAACCGUUUGGCCCGGUCGAGACCGUGGACGAGGUUGAUGAGAGUGAGUAUAGCGAUGAGAAAAAGGAAGAGGAAGAAACUGGCGAUAAAGAAGCGGAAGUUCCUACCACAACGGAGCCGGAAGCGUUGCCGCGUGUUGCAUCGGAACCCAAAGCCGAAUCGGAUGUAAAUCCGGAAACACCAAACGCAUCCGUAUCGAGUGUCACGGAACAGAUGAGAAGCAGCUCAAUUGGCAGUGAUCAAAGCAAUCGGUCAAUCGAGAAGGAUGGCCUAUGUCGUAAAAUCUAUUUCACGGAACCGCUCGCCUGGAUGACGGACAUAUUUCACAACACUCAAGGGCGGCUGUACUGCCCCAAGUGUUCCAUCAAAUUGGGAAGCUUUAACUGGGAGAUGGCUACCAAAUGUCCUUGUGGAGCGGAAAUAUAUCCGGCAUUCUACCUGAUACCUUCGAAAACAGAAUACUCAACAGUUGUGCAGAACGUUCAGGUGACGGUGUAAAUUUGCACCGCAAACUACAAACACCUGACCUUCCGAAUUUCACUUUUUACUGAACCAAACACAAUGCCUAAACAUGGGUAAUCUUUUUUUUUUUCAUAAAAAUGAUAAUCAAAAGUAUUAGCAUGAGGCUAAAUAUGAAAACUACACUUCCCUACAAAUUGCAUUAACCGCUUGGUCACAUUGACUAAUAUAACACUGGUGAAACCAACAUAUACAAAUAACCGUAAUAGUAUUCAAUGCCAUUCUAUACAAAACUGAUAAUAACGUAAGCCAAGAAAAACAGGAAUCUUUUUUUUUUUUUAAAGUCCGACAGGAAACCAGAUUUCAGUGUUUACUUAAUAAAAUAUCGACAGAAACCUAUCGAAAAGUAAGGGUAAAUUUGAAUCACUUUCUCGAGGAUUUCAGCAAGCUUUAGAUCAAAAGAUAGUCUAGCCGCGAGCUUUUCUCAUUGUGAUUAAUACUAUCGAAAUGUAGUAAUUUCGAUGUGAACUAUAACGGGAUCAUAAAAAAAAACCAAUCUACAAGUCCUAUGGAGUUACUCGAACUGCUGAUGUAAAACCGAACACGACAAGAAUCAACUACUUACCUUACCCAAAGGCAUCAUAUUAUCAAGAUAUCCAGGUUUCACAUUUCCCGAACAAAUCAUUGGUAACAUCCUUUUUUGCGAGCAUGGCGCCCUCAAAUUCCACACCUCAUGUCAAUUGUAUGGGUGUGCAAUGCUGCUAUUUUGGCGCCCACGAAUUUGACAUUUCUCUCUCCUACUUCUACUUAUGAGGGCGCCAUGCUCGCAAAAAAGGAUGUUGCCAAUGAUUUGUUCGAGAAAUGUGAGAGCUGGAUAUCUUGUUAAUAUGAUGUCUUUGCUAUAAGCUUAGUCCUUCCGCGUUUCAAGAAUCAUUUCUACUGGACUUAAUGACAUACGACGUCUACAGUUUCCAUCUACUUCCGCCAUAUAUGAUCUGCAGUACCUCUCUUUCCAAAACACUCAGAAUGCGUUGAUCUUCUGCUUUUCCACAGUACAAAGUACGCACGAUUUCCUGCCAAAAAAAGCAUCUGUUUCAAUUUGUCGUCAGUAGUUUAGAAUUGUUGUCAUUAUUCUGUAAAUUUCUGGAGAACAUGAAACACGCAAACCAAGAGCUGAGCCGUUGUUUACUUGAACCGGUUCGCAAGCUUUGUUUGUACCUUAUUCCAAUGCGCUUGAAUGUAUGCAAUUUCAGUUCAUACGUUAGUUGUCACUUCUCGGAUGAUUUUUCAUUAGGGCGUAUAAGCAAGUGACAGUUUCUCUUUGUUUACUUUCUCUUCUAUUAAUUACCAAGCGUUUUCCACGUUUAUCACUCAACUCUGCAUGAAAUGAUACCCGAAACUUUCGACUUUUAAACAGAAUAGUGAUAUCAAAGAAAUUCUUUUUAAUCACAUCACAAUAAUCGAAAGAGAGAGUGAUUAAAGAGAAACUGUCACUUGCUUAUACGCCCUAAUGAAAAAUCAACCGAGACUUGUCAUCGUUUGUUGUAAUGGUUUGUGUCUUUGCUUCAUACUUAAGCAGCCCUCUGCUAUGAUGUCAUGAAACUGUGGCCAGCAUCAUUCUGCAAAAACCAAAACAAUGAAAAAGAAUGGCUAACAAAAAAUUGGAUAUUACAAACUACUUGUUUAUUCAGUACCAUUUACCGCACUACCCCGCGAAUUAUCGAUCAGAAUAUCAUCACUACGAUAAGGAAAUUAAAAUUUUACUCGAUUUGAAAUGCUCGAAUGUUUGUUUACCAUACUCUGAGCGCUCUGAUUGCCCACCAAAUGGCCCAGAUGUUGGCUACGAUAGCACUCGCUAGAGCGCCCUAUCCUUGCCACCGUGCUGUUCUUAAGCCUCGCAUAUAUUUUUUUACGAAAAACAGUACCCUUGGCAUAAAAAUCAACAAAAUACAGUACAUCGAAUUUGAAAAAAAACAGUAGUGCAGUACGCAUUUUUACUAAAAAUAGUGAAUAAAGAACAAAAGCCAAUAAUUUGAUUAGUAUCUAAUAAAAAAAAGACAUUAUGUAAUGGAGACCACAAAAAAGCUACCAUAACAUAAGCAUAGAUGGGACUCGAACCUAUAACUAGCUCGUAUCCAACCCAUACACAACCUGACAGAAAUGAAACUGUUUCAUAUGUGUUCCACUGAAUUCAGUGCGGCGCUAGUGUACCUAAACAAUACGGGUGUACGUUCAGUACUUCAUUACGUUAUUUACGGCCACUGUGUAUGCGUCCAGCAAUAUAUUUAAAAGGAGCGUAAUUUUCAAAUUGUGACUCACAAUAUUGCGAAUUUUUCUAAUAGCGCUGCAUAGCAACAAACUCAUCAAUAACACACGUCAUAAAUCUCCAAACAUGCGUAUUUUGUAAUCUUUCUAUCUUUUAAUUCACUCUGCUCAACGUCUUCUCUUUGGUCUAAAAAGAUAACUAUUAAUAGUAAUUGAUAGAGUUAGAAAUGAAGUGUUUUUUGAAAUGUGGUGUGUGAGUUUGACCCCGGACCACGUUUAUUGUCAUAGCGAACGCACAGGGAACUGUUUUCUACAUGCUUUUACAUCAUGUUUUCGGAGGUUGCGUUUAUCUAUUCUUUACUAUAGUGAUUUUUAUUUUGACAUAUUUCCGACACCGUGAUUAUCAUUGCAAGGAAAAUGAGUGAAUAAAAGUAUUAUACAGAUAUCAGAGAUUAGAAGGCUAUUGUAGGACACACCUUGUUCACAUAUGUUCAGAUACAUAAGAAGUAAACAUGUCGAAGCAAUGCAAGAAUCUAAUGAACGAAAUCUAUUGGUCUGAAACGAACAAAACAUUUUGUAAACAUAAACAGUAUCCCUUGACUACCAAUGUUUCUUCACUACCAAUCAGAGCUGCCAGCAACUCUGUAUUAGUCGGCAAAGUCAAUCUGUACAUAAUGAAAUGUGAUGCAAAAUGUAUUUAGAUAGCAAAAAAAAUGGCUGGUGGGUUAUUGUCAGAGACAUAGCUGGAUGUCGUGAAUACGAAUAAAAUUGGCACGCUUCCUUCACACUUUCGAAUAUCAGUUAGUUGAUGGAUUGUGUGAAUUGUGCAAGCUUUCCCCUUCGUCACUACUAGAAUUAGAUUUCUUAUCGUGACGUCACAAAUGAAAAAGCAUUCAUCCAUGACAGUUCAGCGGCACUGUUUACAAACAAGUUUAAACAAAAAUCGAAGAACAUAUUUCAAACAAUCAUCUUUACACUUUGCAACUAGUCACUUUUAUUUAAUAAAUUAAUUUAUAUUGAAAUCCCCCACAACUAUCAUCGGCGUAUUUUUACGAGAAUAUAAAAAUAGGGCGUACUUGAUUUUUUUUAUCCGCAUAGAAGCAUGAAAUAUAUUUAAAAUAACACUUCGUAAACAAAUGUGAAUUUUUAGCGGUGUUAAAUUCCAAAUCUGUAUUUUUCAGGAGAAAUAAAAUACAGAUUAUUCUGUAUAUAAGACAACCGUGUUUUGCAGGACAUAUUUCGAAACGUCACCCAAAUUAGUAUAAAGAUGUGUUCUACAUCAAUACUUUCAUUUUUACAUUGCGUGAGAGCGUUGCCGUCGUAAUUCCAUGUGUUAGUGACGGCGUACACUUUUUUUAUCGUCUAUUUUGACGAAUUUGAUGCUUUUGGUAGAAAAUGAAGAAAAUUCAAUAAAUUCUUAAUAAUGAUCCGUGGGACUGAAAAGUGCCUUGAAUUGUUACGACCAACAGGAUCUGCAUUUAGAUCUGGGGUGGCUCUUGGCGUGUACACUCGGUAAACUCGUCGACUUUUCGAAAAUUCGACUUGAAAUUCAAUGUGAUGUCCUAUUGAAUUUCAAAGAAGAUGAAACAAUCAAUUUUGGGCGGAAUCAGUAGGUGCAUUUGAAACUCACAAUGAAUUCCGACUCAAAUUCCGGACAGCUUAGCUGAGUAGCGCUUCCAUGACGACUGACGACUGGCACUGGUAGGCUUAUGGUGUGCCCAGCUGCGACUGUUCGGCACAAUUCUGCUAUUCGGCGCACGCUUCAUUCCGUAUGUCUCGCUUUGACAAGUGUUGCUCAGAAAAUGAUUCGAAAAAGUGUAAUAUUCAUCAUUUAUAUCGAUGCAGUUGUACAGCAGUAGAUAUUUUGUUCUCGUACUCAGAACGCGUUCUGAUUGGCUGGUGCUGACAUGGGUCAAAUCAGACAGGCUUUUCAAUAGUGUACUAUUGAAACACUUCAAUGUUGUUGCAACAUACGUUUAAGUUGAAAAAUUUUGAAUCUAUUGGUAGUUAGAUUAUAUAGAUCCUUCUACUGAUUGGAGUUUUCCUUUUUGAUACUCGUUGAUACCGUUAGCUUCAGAAAAGUUAAAUUUAGAAUUAUUCGAGAUUAUGUCAUACAACUGAAAAUUUUAUCAUAAAAUUUCGAUAACAUUUUCGAUGGCAUGUAGCAAAAAAUAUGUUGAUACUUUAAGUACAACAAGAGAUAUUUACGAUCAAAAACUUAUCACUCUUUCAGAGGGAAAAUUUUGAAAAGGUGCUCCAUAGUAAAGUGAGUCGUAGUCACGGAAAAAAUAGAAAUGUAAUGAAUGAACUGUGUACUGUUCUUUCGGUUUGUAAGCGAGAGAUGUGUGAUUGCUAAGUAUGAUACUGGUUGUAAUAAACUGAUCACCAAUACAUCUAUGUUUUGUUCUAUUAAAGACUACUGAUUUUUUUUUAUUUCCGUGAUAAUUCAGUCUAAGUGGAAUAAGUUUUAGUUCUUAGUCAUUAAGACACCUACUGUCAAAUGGAUCAUAAAGAGAAUAAACAAAUGUUAUUCUUUGAAAACAUAUGUUCAACUGAACGAGUAUAAAAGUUAAAUCAUGAUCGGAAAUCAACCACUUCUUCUUGUGCUUUAAACCGAACUGAACGUCGUGGUGAGGACCUUCCACCAAUAGCAGCAACAACAGACUUCCUACGUGGUAUAAAUCCUCAAAAGCUUUGGUCGCGCCUUCUCAAUCAGCAGAAGCAACAACAGAUUAUCAGUAAUCGCAUUCAGCUUCUGAAUAAUGAAUCUGGAAUCGGAAACUGUAUUUUGGAUUGGAUUCAGGAACAAAAUCUUAAGACUGAAUUUCGGAACUGAACUCAGAUGAAGGAUCUGAAUUUAAUUUCAGGUUUAGAAUAUUUCAGAAUUCAGUUUCAGAAUUUUGUUACAGAUUACAUGUUCGGAAUUUGAAACAAAGACUCUGGAACUGAAUCCUAACAAUGAAUAAAAAAGCAAAUAUAAUAGAACGACUAUUUACUACUAUAUGUAAAAUAAAGCUUUUUGUUCGAAAGAGAUGAAACAGAUCAGAAUAGAAUUGCUGUAGCCUCGAGAAGUGAUCAAAUCCCGAACAUUAUCAUUGUCACAUUGGAACGUACAGGUUCAUAACGCUGUUUUGUUUAAUAUUAAUAUGUCGCACUAUUCUCAUUGUCAUCACACGCAUACACAACUGAUUUGCUCAUCAUCUCACUAAUAAAAAGAUAUUCGCCGAUCAUCACCCUGAAAGCUCUUUGCUAGGAUCGCUUUUUCUACUAUGUAUCAUUUAAAAAAAAUGACGGUGAGAUUAGUGCGCAUACAUUACUGAAGAAGAAAAAAAAACUUUAUUGUACAUGUACUAGUAGAAUCGUUACCCCCAUUAAUCACAUAGCAUAUUUCGGAGCCAGUGCAUCAAAUGCACUCGGCACGCAACGGGAACCAGAAAACCAAAAAGUAAUAUCGAGAAACAAUAACCUAUUUACACGGAGCGUGCAUAUUAUACCGUUAAUUUUAUCUAGAUCGAUUGAAAUACUGCAGCUUUAGUAGAAAAAUACUAUUUCGAGUGUGGUGUAGUGAAAAGUUUUUUAAAACUGCAUAUAAGUUGCCUCAUAUCUGCGAAUAGAAACAAAUAAAAGGAAAACUUGUUAAACAUUGUUAUCGUAAAAGUUCGUACGCUCAUUGCGCUUUGGAAACUAUAUAUUUUUGAAUAUACGGUAUGUAUUGUACUACAACUACCCUUGAGUACUAUGAAAACUUGUGUACAUUUACUGUCAACAACACUCCACAGGUCUACCGAGAUUCUCCAAUAAAUAUAAGUUAGUCAAAA